AUGCAGACGAAGCAGAAGCAGACACUGGGGAUUAACGGCAGCCGCACAAGUGGGCUGUCGGUGCGCCGUGAGAACGUGACAGCCGCAAUGGCAGUGGCCAAUAUUGUGAAAUCGUCACUCGGCCCCAUUGGUCUUGACAAGAUGUUGGUGGACGACGUUGGCGAUGUUUGCGUUACAAACGAUGGGGCAACGAUCCUGAAAAGCCUAGAUGUGGAGCACCCCGCUGCGCGGCUCCUCGUCGAUCUCGCGCAGUUGCAGGACAAGGAGAUUGGUGACGGCACAACGUCUGUCGUCAUUCUUGCCUCCGAGCUACUCAAGCGAGCGCAGGACCUUAUUGUGCAAGGCAUUCACGCAACAAGCAUUAUUGCAGGCUACAAAUUGGCUUUGCGUGAGGCGGUACGUUUCCUCAAGGAAAACCUCAGUUUGCCGGUGGAAGGCUUGGGCAAGGAUGUCCUUCUGAACAUUGCACGUACCUCAAUGAGCAGCAAGAUUCUCAGUUCUGACGCGGACCUGUUUGCCAAGAUUGUGGUGGAUGCCAUUCUUUCUGUUAAGACGGUGAAUGAGCUCGGUGAUGUCGUGUACCCCAGAAAGGCGGUGAGUGUCCUCCUUCAGCACGGCAAGAGUUCCCGCGAAUCAGCACUCAUGCAGGGCUUUGCUUUGGGUCUUUCUCGUGCGGCGCAGGGCAUGCCAACCUCGGUGCAGAACGCCCGUAUUGCACUCAUUGAUUUUGAUCUCCGUGCGGUGAAGAUGAAGCUAGGCAUCAACAUCACCAUCACGGACCCAAAUAAGGCAGAGGCAAUUCGUCAGCGAGAGCUUGACAUCACGAAGGAACGCAUCAAGAAGAUGCUUGCUGCAGGUGCCAAUGUGAUUCUCACUUCCUGGGGGAUUGAGGACAGUAUGAUGAAGUACAUGGUGGACGAGGGUGUGCUUGGCGUGCGCCGUGUAAAGAAGGAUGACAUGCGUCGUAUUGCGAAGGUUACUGGGGCGCAGGUGGUACACACACUCUCAGAUCUUGAAGGGGAGGAGGUCUUUGACCCCAAGUGGCUUGGAAAAGCGGAGCGUGUGUAUGAGCAGCGCUUUGGAGAGGAUGAUGUCAUCAUCAUAUCGGGCACGAGCAAUGCGGUGUGCUCCAGCAUCAUUUGCCGUGGCGCCAACUAUCUCGUUCUGGAGGAGAUGGAGCGCGCGCUGAAUGAUGCACUUUGGGCGGUGGCACGCACGUUAGAGGCUAGCCGCGUUCUCGCCGGUGGCGGUGCGGUGGAAGUGGCGCUCUCUGUGUAUCUUGAGAACUUCGCCCACACGCUCGGGUCGCGCGAGCAGUUGGCGAUUGCGGCCUUCUCCGAGGCGCUGCUCGUCAUCCCAAAGACUUUAGCCUUGAAUGCCGCGAUGGACGCGACGGAUCUUGUGGCGCGACUGCGCGUGCUGCACAAUGAACAGCAGGCGGCGGGUAAAAGCCAGGGCGUGGAGCGCUUCUUUGGCCUCGAGCUUAUCGAGGGGACCCUGCGCAACAACGUGGAGGCCGGCGUGCUGGAGCCGCAGCCAAGCAAGAUAAAGUCGCUGCAUUUUGCCACCGAGGCGGCCAUCACGAUUCUACGCAUCGACGACUGUGUGCGUCUCAACCCCGAGGAAGAGGAGGAGCGCCGGUAG